CCACCACAGCUCCAGGGCUCUUCCAACAUAAUGAGCAUCACAAUGAGAUCUGAUUCAUCGAUGGAACUAGAGGGAUUUUCAGCCCAGUUUAGCACUUUUCAAGUUCCAGAAGGUUAUAUCCACCUGGAUGGAGGAAACAAUAAAUAUGAUGGCAUAAUAAAAAUGAUGUCAAAUGGGCACUGGGGAGGAAUAUGUGCCAAACAUUGGACCAAUAAAGAUGCCAUGGUGGUGUGCCGUCAGUUAGGCUUCAGUGGACCAGCUUUAGCAACAAGGGUUGAUGUGAGUCGGCAAAAUACUUCACAAACCGUUCCUUAUAUUAAUUGCAAAGGAGAUGAAAUGGUACUGCAGGACUGUAACAUCAAAAGGAUUGGUAAAUGUACAAGCAAUGAAGUUGCAGCAGUCAUCUGCCAGGUAAUGGAAUCCUGUGCAGCCUUAAAAAAUGCAGGCAUUCUGAAGUCUGGGGUCUUCACCAUAGAUCCCGAUGGUGUGGAUGGUGGAGUAGAUCCUUUUCCAGUUGAAUGUGACAUGGUCUCUGACCCAGCAACAGGCAUUACUGUGAUAGGUCAUGAUUCAGAGGACCGAAUACGCGUAUCUCCCUGUGAAGAUGCUGGGUGCUAUUCUCGAACUAUUCAUUACAAUCAGGCAUCCCUGGAUCAACUUAAGGCUUUAACAGAGACCACAAAGUACUGUAAGCAAUAUGUUAGUUUGGAAUGUCGCCAUAUCCGUUUCCUUAAACAGCACUGGGGUUGGUGGGUGUCUCGUGAUGGGCGUAAAAUAAAUUCCUGGGGUGGAGCUUCAACUGACAGUGGAAAAUGUGCGUGUGGGGAAAAUGGCAACUGUGCCCUGGGUCUUUCCACAUGCAACUGUGAUGCAAAUGAUGGAGUUUGGAGACAAGACAAAGGAUAUUUGACAGACAAAGCUAUUCUUCCUGUACGCGAAGUGAGGUUUGGAGAUACAAGAGAUGCACCUGUAGAGAUGGCAUUUUACAAAAUCGGCCCACUUCAUUGUUAUGGACAGAGUUCCCGGGUUUCAGUGCUGGAGUCAUGUGCUGCACUGAAAAAGGCCGGGUUCCAGGAAUCACGUCGUUACGUCAUUGACCCAGACGGAAUUGGAAGAGGAGUUUCACCAUUUGAAGUUUUCUGUGAUAUGACCUCUGACCAAUCAACUGGUAUAACCAUAGUGAGUCAUGACAGUGAAAGACGUACAAGAGUAGCUCCCUGUGAGGAUCCUGGCUGCUACAGAAAAGAGAUAAAAUAUGAAGCGGAGCUGAAUCAGCUGAAUGCUCUCACAAGCAUUUCUGAAUCCUGUGAGCAACAUGUCAAGCUGGACUGUCGCCAUAUUCGCUUCAUCCAAGCGGGCUGGGGCUGGUGGACAUCCUGGGAUGGAAGGAGAAUGUUCUACUGGGGAGGUGCAAGUCCAGAUAGUGGUCGCUGUGCUUGUGGAAUGACAGGAUCGUGUUCUGUCCCAGGAAUGCUCUGCAAUUGUGAUACCAAUGACCACAUUUGGAGAACGGAUGAAGGAAUCCUAGGUGAUAAAUCAUCACUGCCCAUCCGAGCUGUAAACUUUGGUGAUACCAAGGGUGCACCAUUAGAGAUGGCCUUUUAUACUAUAGGAAAGCUCAUAUGCAAAGGACAAGCUGGGAGAUAGAAGAUCUACUAAUCAUUGCGAAGGCAUUGCUAUGGUCAACCAAAGAUUGUUAAUCUGUCAGAUCCUUUGUUCCCAGCCAAGAGAGAAAUGGAAUUUAUGUAAGGGUUUGAAAAUAAAGAUUGAUCCAGUGUA